AUGCGGAAGGUGCGGGAGCUGCGAGCAGCGCUGGGCGGGCGGGCGAAUGUGCGGUCGCAGGCAGUGACUCAGGGCAGCACGGACGAGCCGCUGGGCUCCACCAUCGUGGACCCGCUCGGCCUGGGGCCUCUGGACGUGGAGCACAUGCGUCUGCAGAGCCGCUACGACAAGGGCAAGGCUGCACCUGACCGCUCUCUCCACCCAGAGAUGCUGGUGAAUCUGGACGAGGCGUUUGAGCCGAUGCUGUACCUGACGGUGGUGCACGGGGGCAGCAGUGCGCGCGAGCUGGAGGAGGGGCGGGAGAAGCUGGGCGAGACGAUGCAGCGCGAGAAGGAGCAGCUCAAGCGCCUCGUGCAGAACAACUUUGACUGCUUCAUCUCCUGCAAAACCACCAUCAACGACAUCGAGCGCGGGCUAGCGUCAAUGAAGAGGGACUGUGCGUUGGACACACUGGCAGCGGCCAUCUUCAAUGUGGACCACCACUCCAAGACCGCCUUCGGCCCGCUGCUCGAACGCCGAGCGCAAGUGCAGCGGAUCCAGUCAGUGCAGGGGCUGCUGCUGCGGUUCCGCACGCUCUUCAACAUGCCAUCCGCCAUCCGCGCCCACCUGCGCAAGCACGAGUACGACAGCGCCGUUCAUGAGUACCUCAAGGCCAAGUCCAUCUCGCUCACCGGCCACUCGAACAUCCUGAGGAGGGUGAACGAGGAGGUGGAGAAGGUGGUGGACGAGUUCAGCCGCAUCCUGUACGCACAGAUGAGCGACCCCAACGCCCCGCCCGCCACCGUAGAGAACGCCAUCCGGCUGCUGUUAGAGAUCGACCCAGACAGCGACCCCGUGUGGCAGUACGUGGGCAUGCGGGAGCGGCGCAUUCGAGGGCUGCUGGAGGCGUGCGUGCAGCAACAUGAGCGCCGCGUGCAGGGCAUUCGCCGGCGCCGCCAGGAGAAGCGCGAGGAGGAGCACCAGUGGCGCCUGCUGCAGCGCAACCCCCAUGAGAAGCUGGAGCCGGGGCUGGCGGCAUUCCUGAACGGGGAGGUGGAGGAGCAGGAGGAGGCGGAGGACGUGUUGGAUGGGGAGGAGGAGGAGGAGGUGCAGCAGCAGCACGCGCUGCUCGUGUGCCGCCUCGCCGCCGUGCUGCAGCAGCAGCUGCCGCAGCUCUGGAAGGUCAUGCUGGGCAUCUUCACCGGCAAGUUUGCCAACUUCUCCAAAGAGACUCCGGCAGCAGCAGCGUACCCCUACGCAGGGGCAUACGGAGCCAAGCCGCCCUUACCGCGCUCCAACUCGGGCCUCUCCAACCAGGGCGGGGGCGGGGCAGGAACAGGGGGCCCGUACCGCAAGCACACACAGAUGGAGGGGGUGGCGAUGGUGAUGGGCAUCGUGGGCGUGUUUGAGGGCCACGUCACAGACGCCUUCACGGCGCUCGAGAGCAGCCGCGAGCUGCGCCCCCACAUGCUGCAGGCCGUCACCGCUGUUGCCCAGGCGUCGUCCGCCUUUGCUGCUGUGGAGGCGGCACCUCCCCUGGCAGUGCAAGCGCUGCACCAGUUCCGCAUCACCAUCACGGCCCGCUUUGUGCGGCAGCUGUGCUUCAUCAUGCGCGGGGCAGCGGGGGACGUGGCUCGGCAGGAGGAGUGGGUGCCGGCGCCCGCGCACCUCAUCAAGGGCUCCGAGUUUGACAUCUCGCACUUCCCCGUGCGCUUUGGAGAUACUGUGGGGGCUGCCUUGGACCAGAUCACACAGGCCCUGGCGCAGCUGUCAAAGGACGGCCCCAGCAUCCCAGUGGCGAGCGGGUCGGAUGCAGCAGCAGCGCAGGCGGUGGCAGCGGCGGAGGUGUGGCGGAUGUACGCGUCGGUCAAGACCACCUUCUACGAGUCCUUUGUGGAUGCAUGCGCUCCUGAGACAGCAGAGGUGUGGCGGAUGUAUGCGUCGGUCAAGACCACCUUCUACGAGUCGUUUGUCGAUGCAUGCGGUGAGCUUAGUUGGGAGCUGGACUCGUUCGUAUUCGACCCUCAUGAGCUUGCAUCGGCUCACGAGACAGCAGAGGUGUGGCGAUGCGUUCAUGGGUCUACUCGGAUCACCUUAGGCGCUGCUGGAGAUGGCCAAGCAUCUACCAGACGGAUCCACUCCCCACGGGGCAUCACUCUCCCCCGCUCACCCUCUCACGCUCUCCCCCCUCACCAUCCCCUCCCCAUGCCUCUCCCCCGUUUCCUCCUUGCUCCUCCCCCCCCCCCACCAGAGGCGCUGGGGCAGAUGGCGAAGCAGCUGCCAGACGGAUCCGCCCCGCCCGAGGGGGAGGAGGGGACGGAGGGCGAGGAGGAAGGGGGUGGAGAGGGGGCGGGCGGGGCGCCGCAGUUUGAGGGGCUACAGCAGGGCGUGGAGGUGGGCAACCCCCACCAGCGCAUCCUCAUGCUGCUCAGCAACGCCGGCUUCUGCCGCUCUGUUGUGGCGCGUGACCUCGCCCAGCGCUACCAGCACCUCUGGAACGACCCCAGUGCAUCAGCCCCAACAGCAUCUAGGCCGGGCUACACCCCCCCGGCUCUAAGCGAGGUGGAGCAGCUGCUGGCAGACGUGGAGCGCGUGUUUGUGGAGGCGGAGACAGCAGUGGGCGACCAGUACAUCGCGGCCAAGGCGCAGCACCUGGGCAUGGCUGUUAUCCGAUACUUCCUUGAGGACGGCACCUCCUGGGCCGCUGCGCCUCCUGUCAAGGGUCUGCGGGACUCGGCUCUGGAUCUCAUCCUGCCUCUCGUCGCCGUGCAUGCUGAGGUAUCAGCGGGGUGCAGCCCAUUUGUGGACCGCGCAAUCAACACGCUAGCGGAGGGCCUAAUGGACGCGCUGCACCAGGUGGCCUUCCAGCACGCCGACCUGGAGCAGCUCGACGCCAACGCCUUCUGCCAGCUCUCCCUUGAGCUGGACUACUUCCAAGCGGUGCUACAGCCGUUCGCCUCGCCCUCACUGGACGACAUAAUAUUCCAGCUGCGCGACAUGCUGCUGCACCGCACCAUGCAAUCCAUCGCUGCCGCCGGCCCGCCGCCCGACGACCGCCCCAGCUACGAGCGCCAGCUGUCGCGGGGCGGCGGGAUGCGGUCGGGGGAGUGGGGCGAGGAGAGGGACAUCCCCACGCCGCAGACACCCGAGCAGCUCAAGGGCAUAGCGGACAGUCUGUCAGCGGAUCUGCUGCCGGGGGAGCUGAGGCGCACGCGGGUGAACGUGUUCUGCUUCGGCCUGCGCCUGCCCGACGACUCCCUGCACGCCUCCCCCUCGGGCGCGUACGACAAUGCCUCCACCAUCCACGGCGCGCAGUCCACCAUCUCCUCCUCCUCCGGCUCCAGUGCCACCCGCGCCUACUCCGCCAUUCUCCCUGUGCCUGAUACUACUGCUGCCCUUGCUGCCCGGGCUAGAGCUGCUGGUGCUGCGUCUUCUGCUGCUGCUGCGGCCGCUGUUGGGGAUGGGUACAGGCCGGGAGCAGCGGCUGGUGGUGCUGGUGGUGGUGGUGGGCGCUCUUCGCACUCCCUUCCGCCGUCGCCCUCCCUUCCUCCCGUCACCUUCCCUUCCGCCCGUCGCCCUCCCUUCCGCCGUCGCCAUCCCUUCCGCCCGUCGCCCGUCGCCCGUCGCCAUGCCUUCCGCCCGUCGCCCUCCCUUCCGCCGUCGCCAUCCCUUCCGCCCGUCGCUCUCCCUUCCGCCGUCGGUGUCCCUUCCGCCCGUCGCCCGUCGCCAUGCCGCCUUCCGCCCGUCGCCCUCCCUUCCGCCGUCGCCAUCCCUUCCGCCCGUCGCCCGUCGCCAUGCCUUCCGCCCGUCGCCCUCCCUUCGUCUCGUCGCCCUCCCUUCGUCUCGUCGCCCUCCCUUCCUCCCAUUGCCCCCCCGACCACCCGCCGCGCUCCCUUCUGCCCGUUGCCCCUCUUUGUCUCGUCGCGCUCCCUGCUGCUCAUCGCCCUCCCUCCCGCUCGUCCCCUCGCAAUCCCCGUAUCUCUCUCCCCUCGUCGCACUGGCAUCUCCGUCACGCUCGCCAUCCCUCCCAUCUCCCUUCCCAACUCAGGCGGACCAGUCACGCCCCCUUUCCAACCCGCACACACGGUGGCCCUUCCCCUAAUGAUCGCCUUUCACCUCCACACCGCUUACCUCUCUCCUUCCCCAUGUCCCCUUCCUUUCUUCCCCCCUUCCCCUUCCCUGCUGCCCCCCAUCCCCUUCUCUUCUUCCCCCCCUCCCCUUCCCUGCUUCCCCGUGUCCCUUUCCCUGCUGCCCCCCAUCCCCUUCUCUUCUUCCCCCCCUCCCAUUCCCUGCUUCCCCGUGUCCCUUUCCCUGCUGCCCCCCAUCCCCUUCUCUUCUUCCCCCCCUCCCCUUCCCUGCUUCCCCGUGUCCCUUUCCCUGCUGCCCCCCAUCCCCUUCUCUUCUUCCCCCCCUCCCCUUCCCUGCUUCCCCGUGUCCCUUUCCCUGCUGCCCCCCAUCCCCUUCUCUUCUUCCCCCCCUCCCCUUCCCUGCUUCCCCGUGUCCCUUUCCCUGCUUCCCCGUGUCCCCUUCCCUGCUUCCACCCACCCCCUUCCCUGCUUCCCCGUGUCCCCUUCUCUUCUUCCCCCCAUCCCCUUCCCUGAUUCUUCGUUCGCUCAUUCCCCUCCGUCGCCCAUGCGCACUUCCUCCCGUCGCCCUCAACAACUCCCCUUCCGCCGCUCACGCUCACUCCCUCCCGCCGCGUUCGCUCACUCCCCUCCCGUCGUGACAGUCCCCUCCGUCGCACACCUUCACUCCCCCCCAUCGCCCAUCUUCACUCCCCCCCAUCGCCCAUCUUCACUCCCCCCCAUCGCCCAUCUUCACUCCCCUCCAUCGCCCAUCUUCACUCCCCCCCAUCGCCCACCUUCACUCCCCUCCAUCGCCCAUCUUCACUCCCCUCCAUCGCCCAUCUUCACUCCCCUCCAUCGCCCAUCUUCACUCCCCUCCAUCGCCCAUCUUCACUCCCCCCCAUCGCCCAUCUUCACUCCCCCCCAUCGCCCAUCUUCACUCCCCCCCAUCGCCCAUCUUCACUCCCCCCCAUCGCCCAUCUUCACUCCCCUCCAUCGCCCAUCUUCACUCCCCCCCAUCGCCCACCUUCACUCCCCUCCAUCGCCCAUCUUCACUCCCCUCCAUCGCCCAUCUUCACUCCCCUCCAUCGCCCAUCUUCACUCCCCUCCAUCGCCCAUCUUCACUCCCCCCCAUCGCCCAUCUUCACUCCCCCCCAUCGCCCAUCUUCACUCCCCCCCAUCGCCCAUCUUCACUCCCCCCCAUCGCCCAUCUUCACUCCCCUCCAUCGCCCAUCUUCACUCCCCCCCAUCGCCCACCUUCACUCCCCUCCAUCGCCCAUCUUCACUCCCCUCCAUCGCCCAUCUUCACUCCCCUCCAUCGCCCAUCUUCACUCCCCUCCAUCGCCCAUCUUCACUCCCCCCCAUCGCCCAUCUUCACUCCCCCCCAUCGCCCAUCUUCACUCCCCCCCAUCGCCCACCUUCACUCCCCUCCAUCGCCCAUCUUCACUCCCCUCCAUCGCCCACGCUCACUCCCUCUCGUCGCCCACGCUCACUCCUCCCCAUCGCGCACGCUCUCUCCCCAUCCGUCGCCCACGCUCACUGCCCGGACGUCGCACGCUCUCACUCCAUUCCGUCGCCCACGCUCAUCGUGUCCGCUCACUCCCCUGUCGACACACACGCAACGACCCAAUCUCCACCCUUUCUCCCUUCUCAUCUCCACCCUCUCUUCCUUCCCAUCUCCAUUCCGCCUCACCCCAUUCCGCCUCACCCCAUUCCGCCUCACCCCAUUCCGCCCCACCCCAUUCCGCCCCACCCCAUUCUGCCUCACGCCAUUCCGCCCCACCCCAUUCCGCCCCACCCCAUUCUGCCUCACCCCAUUCUGCCCCACCCCAUUCCGCCUCCGUCUUCCUCCCUCUCUCCACUCCGUGCCCUUUCUCCCUCCCUUUCCCCCUCUCCCUUCAAUGCCCUGUACGUGUUAUCACCCCUUCUCUGUGUUAUGUCACCCCUCACCCCUCCCUGUCUGAUCCACUCACCCCUCCCUUGUCCUAUCCCCUCACCCCGCCCUGUCCUAUCCACUCACCCCUCCCUUGUCCUAUCCCCUCACCCCGCCCUGUCCUAUCCCCUCACCCCUCCCUUGUCCUAUCCCCUCACCCCGCCUUGUCCUAUCCCCUCACCCCGCCCUGUCCUAUCCCCUCACCCCGCCUUGUCCUAUCCCCUCACCCCUCCCUGUCCUAUCCCCUCACCCCGCCUUGUCCUAUCCCCUCACCCCUCCCUGUCCUAUCCCCUCACCCCGCCCUGUCCUAUCCCCUCACCCCGCCCUGUCCUAUCCCUCACCCCGCCCUGUCCUAUCCCUCACCCUGCACCAUCCCAGGCGAGCAUGAAAGAGGCCCAGAUGACCUGCAUGGACAUGCCGCCUCCGCUUGCUCCUGCUUUCAGCAUCUCAAUGGCCCAGACGAGCCACAUAGCAUAA